AUGGGAAACUGCCUGUACUCGGAAGCAAGCCUCCCCUACAACUCCACGCAGACAGGCUCCCUCCGGGUGGAUGUGGACGAUCUGCCUAUGCUCAACUACAGCUACUCGGAAGAGGACGAGGACUUCUACCGCGACCUGGACCUGAACCUGGUGGCCCCCUGCCGGUCCUGCCACCUGCUGGGCCCCUCCUCGCUGCCCUUCUUCGCGCUGGUCAGCGCCCUGGGCCUGCUGGCGUCGGCCGCCCUGCUCUACGCCCUGCUGGGCGGCCCGGCCCGCCGCCGGCCCCCGCCCCGGGCCCGGGCGCUGCUAGUCCAGCAGGCGGGGGCCUGCGCCCUCUGCGCCGCCGUGCUGCCCUUCCUGGCGCCCGGCCCCACCUGGCCGCCGGCCCUCUGCCAGCCGGCCGUCGGGGCCUGGUACGCCGGGGCCUUCGCCCAGGCCCUGCUGGUGGCCGGCGGGGCCUGGCCGCGGCCGGACCCCGGUCGGUGCCGCCCGGCGGUCCUGUCCGCCGCCGCCUGGGCGGGCUCGGCCCUCCUGGCCCUGCCGGCCGCCGGCUCCGCCCGGGCGAGCCCGGGCCUGUGCGCCGUGCGGCCGUCGGGCCAGCAGCCGGGCUGGGCCUGGGCCCUGGCGGUCACCUGCGCCGCCGCCUUCCUGCUGCUGCCCCUGGGGCUGGGCGUUGGCUGGGCCGUGCGGAGGGCCCGGGCCGACCCGCUGUGGGCCUGGUUCGCGCUCUGGGCGCCCCACGGGGCCGCCGUGGGCGCCGAUGUCCUGGUGCGCCUGGGGGUCGUGCUGCCCUCCUGCCGCGCCCAGCAGGCCCUGGACGUGGCGGGCGACCUGGCCCAGGCCCUCGCCGCGCUGCACUGCCCGGCCGCUCCGCUGGGGGCGCUGCUGCUGCUGCGGCGGCGGCAGAGGAGAUCGGCCCGCAACCCCGCCCGCGCCCCCGCCGCCGUCCACCCCGAGGAAGGGGCCUGGACCCUCCAUCCCAAAUAA